GCGCUCCCCGGCCGUGCCGGGGAAGUGACGCUAAGCGGGCCGGCCCCCGGAAGCGCUGCCGGGACCCCUCCGCAGCUAUGUAGGACCCGCCGCCAGGACGGGACGGGACGUGCGGCCGCCGCCAUGGACGGCAGCGGCGCCGCGGCUCCGGCGGGGCCCAACCUACCCAAUCUCACCCCGCGGCACCGGCAGCUCAUCCCCACGCCCUGCGGCCCCAUAAAACCAUGUUCAGAGCUCUCAUUCCCUGUGAAGAUCUACUUCUUUGUCACUAUUUUGUCCCUACUGAGUGUCAUAGGGCUGACCAUAGAGACACUGGUGCGCCAGACUGAGGAGGAUUUCACCAUUUCCUUUAUUCAGUUGGUUGGAGUUGUCUUCUGUGUGUAUUAUGUGAGCAGGGGCAUCCUGCAGGAGAACCGCCAGGAGCUCGUUGUGUUUGUGCUCUCCAUCCUGCUUGUGAUGCUCCGGUCCAUCAUCAACUUCACUGUGCUCCCUGCUGAGCAGAAGCCAAAACUCCUGGCCCGUUUUGUGCUGAUCCUGCUGGUGGGCUCAUUUGAUGUGAUCUGUGCCCUCAUCCUCAUCCAGAGCCAGUCCAUGAUGGCAUUCCGAGUGGGGGGUGCCCUGGAGAGCCGCCAGUCCCAGUACUUCAUGCUCAACCUCUGCUUUUCCAUGCUCACUUUUGAUCUGCAGGCACAGCUGUGCCUGUGCAUCCUCUUGAUCAGCCUGCAUGAGAUCACCUUACUGCACAACAUCAUCUCAGCCACGGGCAUCGUCUGGGCCUGCCUGAAGGUCACCAUGGGCAUCAUUGCAAUUUUAAAAGAGCUGAAACCUUUGGUGUGGGUAUUUCUGAUUCAGAAUGUGCCUGAGGUGGUUUAUCUCAUCUACCUGCUCUACACGGUGAUAAGGGAGUGGGGCAAAGGCAGUUCUUACACCUUGGAAGCUGCUUUCAUCACUGGCUCCUGCAUUUCUGUCGCCAUAAAAUCUGUUCUGUUCUGGGCUCUGGUUCAUGUCUACCGCAGCUUUGGGCAGGGACUGAGGGAGAGAAUGUUUUCUUCCUAUGGAAGGAUUGACUCCUGAGCCCUCCCCAUGCUCCCCCCUGCAGCUCUCAGAGUGAAGCCACCCUAGGAACACCUGACCAAGGACCUGCAGCCAGGGUGACAAUAAAGGAUCACUUUCCCAGGAUGGAGAAGGUUCAGGAAGAUGUCACACGUUCCUUGGAGUAGUGCAGGCGGUGCAGAGCUUAAAAAACAAAAUAUGCUGAUCUUGCUGACAGGACCAAACAGCUUUCACUCACUCCUUUUCCUGCUCUGCUGCUUUGGAAGCACAGGGGGUUCACACCUGCACGUGAGAGGGGAAUGGUGCUCCUUUCAAUGCGUUUUGCCUGGAUAGACACAAACAUCAUGAAGGAAAUUUGCACACCCUUCCUCUGUACCCAAGUCUAGAAGGGGAUUGUGAUGCCAUCAUUUCCCAGCUUGGAUCUACUGCUGAGCAGGUCCAGCCCUGAUGGUUUGGUGACAGUGGUUUCCCCUGUUUAGGGCUCCUUUUCCUCCUCUGGCUUUAGAACAUUUCAGUUUUGUUUUUUUUUUUAACCCCAGCUACACAUAAAAACUACUCGCUGUAACCACAUCCCUCCCUCAGUGUAACCAAGGUGCCAUUUCAUACCAGGGGGACUGUUCCAAUUAUGCCUUUAAUAUUGUAAUUUAAAAGUUUGGUAUUUUAUUGACUGAAACCUUUAACUACUGGCUAUUUUUUAAUAAAGUACAAGCACAGUUUGUGUACGGGUAAUUAUUUCACAAGGAACAGCACCAAUUCAGUGGGAAAUCCCUUACAAAACUGAAUAAGGAAGAGGUUGGGACUGGAAUUCAUGGGUGCUGCAGACAUUGCCAUUACACUUCACUUCAGACACAGCUUUAUUUGCAGGCAGCUGGACAUUGCAAAAAACAAAAUUAAAAAUUUAUUACAGCUUAUUAGGGGGAUUGAGAAGGACUCUAUCAAAAGUGCUGUAAUUUUUUUUUCUCUUCCUAGCCAUCUAAAUCAGAACUUCUGUAACAAAUACGUAUUUUUCUCAUCUUGAUCUCCUAAACCUGAAUCAAAUCUACUUUAUCUGUAGCCCAGGGGAGGCAGGAGAAGGUUAAUGGUGUGUGGCCAGACUGCAGGGGCUGACAGAGCAGCAGCUGCCUCUGUAACUUCAUCCCACAAAUCCCAGUGGCACCAGUGUUGAUGGAAGAAUUAAACAUUUGAAGAUCACAAUGUAAUGUUUUCAGUCCUUCUCUCAGCCAAGCCCAGGCAGCAGGGCAUGCCCAGAGCAGAGGGGAAGGCUCUGCUCUUGCACAAAGCCUCUGUUGGGGCAGAAUGAGGUGAUGGAAGUCUUUUAUAGCCAGGCCACAGUGUCACUGUCACAGAAAGUCCUCUGACCAUGGACAGCAAAGAGUUUGUCACCAGCCAAGCAUGGAAAGAUGGAAAACGCUGUCCAAGGUGCCUUGUCAAACAAAAACUCCACUGAAAAACAACUAAUUUACCUGCAAAAGGCAUCUCCUUGUCAAACAAAAACUCAAUUUUAAUUUAGGCAGCUGCUUUACUGCAAAAGACAUCUCCUCGCAUCUCUCUCAACUGUUGGAAUGAGUUACAGAUUAAUUAUGAAAUCAGAAUACUCUUAAACAUCACCAUAAAUCUCAAGUUCUGGGGAAGAAGCAUCUAGAACUUCAUCAGAAUGUGCCACAAGCAUUUAAACCCCAUUUUUAAUUCUAAACUUCCUGGAUAUCAAAUUAUCAGAUUAUUUGAUCAGUACUGCCCUUACCUAUUUCUUUCCUCCUAUUUCUAUUACUGGGCCUUUAAAAACAGUAAUGCAGCCCAGCUGGUUGUACACAAGAUUUGUUACAAUUUGCACAGCAAAUUUAGCAAUUAUUUUGAGACUUUUGAGGAAAACCUGGUAUUAGACAUUCAAAAAAGCAUUUCGUGUAUUCCCAGAAAACAGGUGCUACUGUCCCUUGAAAAGUGUCAAACCCCACACAGUUCCAAGAAACUGAUUGGGAAUUCACAAUUUUUAUAUUCUCCCCAGUCAAAGGGCAAAUCGACCAAUCCAACUUUACAAAAAGAUUUUAUUGAAAGGAUUGAAAAAUAUUUUGUUUCUCAACAAUAUUUAAAACCAAGUUUUCAAUGCAUUAACAAUAUGUAACAGGAUUUUUCAUCUUUUAAAAAUUCAGUACACUGCUUUAUUCCUUACUACAAUUGGUAAUAACUUCAAUUUCUACCAGAGGGUAACUUUUUUUUUAAAAAAAAAACCCACAAAUUAAUUUCCCAGCUUUCAUUUUGGCCCUUUGUAGAUGAAAGGAUUUGUAGUGCCAGUGACUUACAAACCCUUUUAUCAAAAACUCUUAAUCAGCAAGCCCCCAUUUUUUAGCACAGUUUAACCAAGUUAUUCUGAAUAAGCUACAUCAGCAAAAUAAGGUUUUAUUGCCAAUAAAGUGAGGUGCAUACCAGUUUUUUUCUGGUUCAGCUCCCCCACUCCUGGAGCAGUUCAAAUGCAUAACUCCAGGGCUGCUCCAGCCUCACUCUCCUGCAGUUUGCAGAUUAAAAGCCUUGGAAAGGGACUUUGUACACUCAGAUAAACUUUGUGAUGUAUUAACACAACCCGGGCUGUGGAAGCAGCUGGGCCAAGGAGAAUCAAGGCAGCUUUUGGAGGAAAAGCCUGGACUGAAGUCAGAGUGCCUGCCCCUGCCUGAGCCAGGGCUGCAGCUCUGCCUGGGCUAAGCAGCCACCCAGAAAAAGCCUUUUUUUAGCAGGAAUUCCCUACAAGCAAAGUUGCAGCAGCCUCAGAGCCAGCAAUGCAAUUGCAGCAGGUGAUAAACUGAAAGAAGAAAUUUCAAGUCUAAUGUAGAUCUAAAGUAGUUCAGUACACUUUGAUUACAGAUUUAAUGACCUGUGCAUUCUGAAAAUUAAAAGUUCGGCAAUUUAGUCAAGAAUAGCUUUACUAUUAUAAAAAGCAUAAAUAAAAAGUGCUGAAUAUAGUUUCAUCUUUAAAAAAAUACUAGAUAAGGCUCAUAAAUCAUUUCACCUCUGCAAAAUGAUUUUUCCACUCCCCAGUGUGCCUAGAACUCAUUCUCCACUCAUCCACAUGUUUCUCUAGACACCAUACCCUGUUCCUUCCCUCAAUUAUUGCAUGUUUAAAUAAAAUAGCUUCAAAGCAAAAAGCCUGACACUUCUCUAGUUCAAAAAGUAACCAGUUAUCAAAUAACUGAAUACUCCAGUUAGGAAACCCGUAAGCAGCUUCAAAACAGUGAUAAAACAAUUACUGCAGAUUCAAGUGAAAGAUAAAUCCCAAAAGUUCUCUGGAUAUUCUCCAAGAUAUCCCAAAAUCUAUCUGGUUUUGACCAAAUCAAACCAAUACUCUAUUUUACAAAAUGUACAAACCAAGUGUUAAUUUAUAUGAACACAUUUUCAUUGUGAUUUGAAUCAUUACCCAAGAGUUUGCUUCUCUUUUCUGGAAAAGUGCUCUCACCUGCAUUUCAUGAAUUCAGCCUAGGGCAGCAUUCAAAAGGGAUGAGACAUUAUUGAAACCACCAGAGAACAACAGGUCAGGCAGAGUUUGGAAAUGAACCAAUUUCCACUUUGGACCACAGAAACAAUGUAAGACAAUCAUGAAAAAAAGUUCAGCAGAGACUCUCACUCAGUUCCCAAGGAAAUCCCACCUCAAUCAGUAAAUUCAUUCCUUGGCAAGAUUCUGCCACAGGCAUUGAACAGCUCCUGUCCCUUCCUUUAGUGAGCGAUGCAGCAAGACUUGAAAAUGCUGAAGUUUAGAUAAUAUGAUCAAGAGACUGCACCACAGAGAACAUAAAUGUAAACAUUAUCCUCGGGCUUGCUAUUUUGCAGUUAAAGUACAGUACAAACCCUUUUUUCCCCCAAUCAGUUCGGGUUGUUUUUUUUUGUUCUUUCAUCAAAA